CUUACUCCACUCUCCGGCUACAGAAUUCAGUGUCCCUCUCGUGUAACCUCGCAGCGCUGACUGCAGCUUGCCAGUUAAUGUGAAUUGCUUACGGUGGGGUUGUAGCUGUCAGAUAGCUGGACGAAGAAGAAGCAGAAGUUGAAGAAUGAUGGAGCCGGGUCUGCCAAGCCAGGACGAACCAGCUUCAUGGGAUGAGCUCUGCGACAUCAAUUUGGUUCCUUCAGAGUUGUUUUUCAAGUUCAGGAAAGAAAUUGAAGGGAUUCGGAUUGGUGUCAAUCUGGAGUUCUACAAUGCUCCCAUUAAUGAUGUCCAAACUAUGCUUGUCCUGAAGCCAUUAUCAGCAGAGCGGCAAUGGAAGUUCAUAUGCAAGCCUAUACGUCAGGAAAUCCGUAUUCAGUCCAAAAAGAUUCCUUUGACCAAAUUUCUAAACAUACAGGUGGGCAUCGGCCAUAACUUCAAGACGAAUGCCCUUGCUUGGCAGUGGAAGCUUAACACGUGCCUGGGAGGUGAUGGUAUAUCUCGAAUCCGGAACAAGACGACACUCGGUUUGUUCCCGGGUCUAGAUUUCAGGUUCGGGUGGCGAGCAGAUUUUGUCCUCCCUGAAGUUACAGGGCAAGGCUUUGGGCAAGGACGAGUCAUUGUUCAACAUGAAGACCGGACGACUUGACGCCUCCUUGGACAGGAUCGAGACGAUUGUAAACCCAGACCUUAUGAUUGUACAUUCCCAGGAGUCGCCAGAACUCUAAACGCACCGCCACCAUUGCGCUGCACUGCUACUGGUGGGUGAGGGAGUACGAGGGGCUGGAGGCCGAGCUCGACGCUAUGGGGAGGAAGCGGCGGAGCAGCAGACGGCGGAUGGCUAGUAGGGUGCAGGAGGAGGAGGAAUUGGCGACGGGGAAUGGGGCGGAGUUGAAGGUUGUGGAGUCUGGGGAGAAGUUGCAGGGGAAGUGGACCAAAACUGAUUUCGAAGGGUAGUGUUUGAAAACCUUUGAAAGUGUGUUUAGCUGAUUAUUGUGUGUUUUUUCCCUUUGUUUGAUUGAUGGGGUCACUGAUGUGGUGGCUAAAUUAUAAUAUGAUAAACUUGUAAUAUGUUAAUACUGAUUUGUCACCUAUUUUGUAGUGAGAAAUUACAUAUACGAAUGUGAAACAAUAUAUCGAAUUUAAUUUAGGCAGUAUUACCAAUAGUGGGAC